AUGGGCCUCGGUGUCUUCGCAGGUGUUGAUCUUGUCGAAGGCCAGCUUCUUGACGAGUACUUUGGCGAGCUGAUCCCCCCACGUAUGGCAGCGGCCCGCGAGGACGAUGAUUACAUAUUCGAGAUAAAAAAUGUUGCAAGUUCGUCCGCCAGAGACUAUGGAAACUGGACCCGUUUCGUGAACCACAGCUGUCGUGACUUCAACGUCGAAGCUGUCGACAGCGUGUUGGGCGGUCGACAGACCAUCACGUUUAAAGCGAUAAAAAGCAUUGAUGCAGGAGAGCAGCUUCUUAUUGAUUACGGCGUCAACUACUUUGGUGACGCAGAUGGUGAUAUUCUUUGCAGGUGCCCAGCAUUCCCGCAACCUCACAUCCCUCCGGGCCAGGACCAAAGAGCCCCGCAAACCCAGCAGGCAUUUCCGGGGGCGCUAUCGCAGCCAAAUAUCCCCAAGCCUGCUGAUGUCAACAAGGCAUCGCAGAUGACGAUCUUCGCGUGGCAUUUCGACGUCAUCAAGGCGUUCCAGCGGGACAGGGUGUGCGGCACGAAACAGGGCACGCGGUGGGAGACCAAUGACCUCCUGAAGAGGAUCUUUGCGUUGACUAUCGGGGUCAGGCGGAGGAAACGGAAGGCAGCAAAAGCAAAGUUGCGCGCGGAAAACUCGCCGUUAAUUGAGGAACCAAAAACACCACCGCCGAAAACAGCUCCGGGACACUUACCGACCCCGCCGUCAACAGGAGGUCCGCAGAGGACUACUCCAGGAGACUUCCCGGACCUUCCGUCGGAUUUCCCGGCUCCAGCGGCAGGUGUCCCAACCCCACCAGCCACGACCGCACACUUCAACCCUUCUCAAGUUUCAGACUGCGAAAUAACAUCCGUCAUUAAGCACAGCGACGCAGUCAACAUGUCUUCAUCCUCAGUGCCCGGCCAUUUUGGCUCCUCGACCUCCCAAUCGAAGCCUGCAUCGACCGGAGCAGUCGGCCGUAUCGACCCAAACAUCGCGGCACCCAAGACAAACGACAACUACCUUCAGGACAAGGACCUCAAUUGGUGGCUGACGUUCGCGCGCACCUUCAAGAGUGCCGUCAAGACCCCCCUUCCUGACGACGACUCCGACCUAUGA